AGUCUAUGGUUGGGAAAGAUAAGAAAUAAUAUUGUCUUUGGUCCAUUGGCAUUUUAGGAGCAAUUAUUCUAUGGGUAUGGGUACUUGCCACAUCUAGUUUUCCUUUUCCGGUUCUGCAUCGAAGCUGUAACCAUGCCGCUCGCAGUGGAUUUAUUGCACCCAUCUCCCGCCUCGGAGAGGAGGAAGCAUAAGCUAAAACGGCUUGUGCCUCACCCAAAUUCGUAUUUCAUGGACGUUAAGUGUCCAGGAUGUUAUAAAAUCACAACUGUAUUCAGUCAUGCACAAAGAGUAGUCGUGUGUGCAGGAUGUUCAACAAUCCUUUGCCAACCCACAGGAGGACGUGCAAGAUUAACUGAAGGAUGUUCAUUUAGAAAAAAACAACAUUAGGAUCACCUGGAGAUAGAGCCCUACAUUUAAGAUUUGCAUUUUAUUUCUAAUUGUGUGAAUAUUUUUCAUAUUCAUCUGAUUUGUUAAAGCAUUAAUAAAGGCUUUUUCAAAAGGUA